UGCAAAAAGGUCAAUGUAUAUGUACAAUUACGAUAACGAAACUAGAUACGACCUACCAAAAUUAAGGAUGCGGUUUGUACAGUUUAUACGCAAUGGAACGCGAUGUAUUGGAGUGGAACUUAAGCAAGGAGGAGAUAUUGUUAACCUUACCGCAUCAGAUACAGCUUUCCCUGGUGAUCUGAGGAGUUACAUAGAAAAAGAAAAUGCCUUAAAGUCCAACUUAAAUAGACUCAUGGGUAGCAAUCCCCAAGUGGUGAAGCGACAGGAAGUGACGUUGCUGGCUCCUGUGACGUCAUGCGACAAGGUGCUUUGUGUGGGCAUGAACUACAAGGACCACUGCGAGGAGCAGAACGCGCCGGUUCCGGUGGAGCCGGUGAUCUUCAACAAGUUCCCCAGCUGUAUUAUCGGUCCCAACGAGACCAUGGAUUACCCUGCUGAAACUCAGUGCUUGGACUGGGAGGUGGAACUCACCAUCGUCAUUGGAAAGGAAGGAAGAAAUAUCAAGGUGUCUGACGCGAUGGAUCACGUGUUCGGUUACACGGUGGCCAAUGAUUUGAGCGCACGUGACUGGCAGCUCACCGCCGGGAAGAACGGAGGUCAGUGGCUACUCGGAAAAGCCAUGUUUCAAUUCUGUCCCUUGGGGCCCGCGGUUGUGACUCCGGACGAGCUGGGAGACCCGCACAAUCUGGGACUGCGGUGUCGAGUGAAUGGCGUCACCAAACAAGACAGCAACACAAACCAGCUGGUCCACAAGACGCGAGAAAUCAUCGCCUUCAUCUCCAGGUUCAUGUGUCUAAAACCAGGAGAUCUGAUACUCACCGGAACCCCUCCUGGUGUCGGCUGUUUCCGGAAACCACCGGAGUACAUGAAGCGCGGUGACGUGGUAGAAGUCGAGGUAGAUGGUAUCGGCACAGUGACCACCACGAUAGCUUGACCUCACUACGAUAGCUUGAAACACCAUGUAAGCUCGCCCACCACGAUAAAGUGACCACCUUAUAGACUGCGAUGGACUGUGUCUAGCUUUGCAUGGUUGGGUUUUCCUGACACACAAUUAAACCGCCAGCUAUGUUUAAGUUAAAAUGGCAAUACUUAUUUUACUAAUUCAAGAGUCAGUGUGUUUUUUAUUUGAUGUGUUUAGCUGUACAAUUGUUGAGUUGUUUCUUGUCAAGUCAUUGUGCUAUUGUUCAUGUUUGAAUGUUUAUUGAAAAUUUGAAUCGCACUGUAACGUGAAAUUAUAUAUUUUAUGCUCUUAAUGAAGUAGAUCAAAACGUUCAUUUUAUUACAUAUAUAUAUAUAUAUAUAUAUAUAUAUAUAUAUAUAUAUAUAUACUAUGCAAAAUGAAUAUUGUCCUAGAUUGUUUUAUGUUGGCACGUUAAUAAAGGAUAUGUUGUCUAGAUAA